AUGGCGCAGUUCCUUGUCCCUGAGCAGCAGCGCGGUGGGAAGCUGCAGCCGAAGGCCAAGUGGGGCCUGCACCUUGGUGUGUCAGAGGCGAGCAAGGGCUGGGAGCUCCUUGACGUCGCCACUGACCGGGUGGUCACCACGUCGGACGUGGUGUUCUACGAGGAGCUGUCGCUGGCCGAGUGGAAGACGGAGCAUGGGCUGGUGUCCGGCCGCUUGCCGCCCUCUGACACCUCGUCGGCGACGCUGCCGCUGCUUGCCGAGGUCGGUGAGCUUGCUGCUGAGGACGUAGAGGACGUCCACACCCCUACCCCUCACCCUCUGACCCCUCCCCUCGUGGCCGACAUGCGUGGGCUGACCUCGGUGUCGGCCUCCGGCGAUGAGGGGAGUAGUGUGACGCCGCCUUCGGCGCCGGCCACGUGCAUCGCCGGUGGCCGACGUGACGAGCGGCGAAUCGACGAGGAAUUGGAGUCGACAGGGGAGGAGCAGGUCGGGGAGCAGCAGCCGACAAAGGAGCAGGCUGGCGUGAAGCCGACCACGGAGCAGUCGGCGACCGGGACGUCGGCAGGGGAGCCGACCACAGGGGAGAAGUCGGCUGGGAAGCCGACCACAGUGGAGCAGUCGGCUGGGACGCCGGCUGAGGAGCAGCAGGACGCCGAGGGCAGUGACGACAGUGACGAUGGAGGGGACGCCGAGGAGGUCCAGCAAGGACCGCGACGUUCAGGCCGACUUCGGAGGACGCCUGACUUCUUCGUCCCCGCUGCCUUCACCACGGUGUAUGACGUGGACGAUGACGACGACCUGCUGUACGACGACGCCGAGGAGGAUGAGGAGUUUCCGGAGCUCGACCCCGACAUGCUAGCUGACCCCGAGCACCGUUGGGACAUCUCGACGAUGACGGUGAAAGAGGCGCUGGCGAGCUGGAAGGGCCCGGCGGUGAAGGCUGCCAUGGAGGAGGAGAUUCGGAGCCUCAUCAACAUGGGCACUUGGGAGCUGGUCGAACGCCCGCCGGGGGUGAACGUCAUGAAGAACCGGUGGGUGUUGACGACGAAGUACCACAUCGACGACACCGUCGAGCGAGAGAAGGCGAGGCUGGUCGUGAAGGGCUUCACACAGGUGUAUGGCGCCGACUACGACGAGACGUUCGCGCCGGUGAGCAGCUAUGUCACGCUGAGGAUCUUCCUCAGCAUCGUCGCCGUCCUCAACCUUAACCUGAUGCAGCUCGACAUGAAGAACGCCUUCCUGCAGAGCAAGCUCGAUCGGGUGCUGUACAUGUCUCAGCCGGACUACUUCAACGACGGAACCGGCCGGGUGUGUAAGCUGCUGAAGAGCCUGUACGGGCUGAAGCAGUCGCCGUUGUUGUGGUACUUGGCGCUCAACGAUGUGCUGGUCGGCGCCGGGUGGAAGAAGAGCCAGGUCGACGAGGCCCUUUACUACAAAGUCGGCGAGGGUGAAGUAGCCUGCUGGGUGCUGGUCUACGUCGACGACCUACUUGCCGCCAGCAGCAGCGCUGCGUUGCUAAAGGAGUUGAAGGAGCUGCUGGAAGCCGCCUUCGAGCUGCGCGAGAUCUCGCCGGUGCAGAAGUACCUCGGGCUGGAGAUCGUGCGCGACAGGUCGGCGGGGAAGCUGUGGUUGCACCAGCAGGGCUACGCCGACAAGCUGCGUAGGCGCUUCCUCGACGAGGAGCAGACCGGGCGCACCCCGAAGACGCCGGUCUCGGUCGGUGCCUACGCCGAACUCACCUUCGAUGACGAGGAGGCGCAGGAACGGCAGGAGGAGGAGUACCGGCAGAAGGUCGGCUCGCUGCAGUUCGCGGCGACAACGACGAGGCCGGACGUCGCCUUCGCCUGCAGCAAGCUGGGGAGCGGCCUCACGGUGAGGAGCGACCAGCACUGGCGCGAGGUCGAUCGCUGCCUCGCCUACCUCGCCAACACACGCGACACCGCCCUGGAGUUCGGCGGUGGACCUGAGUCGCUGGAGCUGGUCGGCUACGUGGACGCUGACGACGCCGGUGACAAGCAAAACAGGACGAGCACGAGCGGCUACGUGUUCGUCUACGGAGGGGCUGCUGUCUCCUGGUCGAGCCAGCGCAUCAAGUGCGCGACGUUGUCGUCGACCGAGUCGGAGUACGUUGCGGCCACUGAAGCUGGCAAGGAGGGACGUCGCCUUCGCUUCCUCCUCGCUGAAUUCCGGCAACUGGACGCCGGGAAGCCGACUGUCCUGCGUGUGGACAACAAGUCGGCCAUCACGGUCGCCGAGGGCAUGGGGUUGACGGGCAACCUCAAGCACAUGGAACGGCGACAGGUCUGGCUGCAGCACAUGGUGAGGCGCGGGAAGUUCUUGCUGCAGUACAUCCCGACCGCUGAGCAGCCGGCCGACUUCCUGACGAAAGCGCAGCACUAUCCGGCCUUCAACCGGUGCUCCGUCGCAAUCGGCCAAGUGCGCUUGGCCGACGUGGGCGACGGCGGCAACGACGUGCAGCAGGGAGUGUCAACGGGAGUUGGGUGUUGGCCCCGUCCUCGCUUGGGCGGAGCCGACUGUAUGGUCGGGUGUGAGGGGAGCAGCCGACCUGCAGCAGUGGGUGAGCUGGUCGACGAGGAGGUCGACCUGCACGGGGGAUCACUGCACGGGCGCCAACUUUAG